AGGAGACUAGUGACUAUCCUGCACAGUUAUGAGAAGACAUCCAGCAACCUAAAGCAGCCUGGAAGAGGCUCUCUAAGAAAACCAAAAAGCACAAAAUCCUUUGAGACAUCCUUUAAGACAUUUAGAAUUUCAUAAGCUUUUGGCUAUCCUGGUCUUCAAAAAAUAAUUAAAAAAAAUGAACCGUUACACAAUCAUGAAGCAACUAGGUGAUGGCACCUAUGGCAGUGUGUUGAUGGGAAAGAGCAAAGAGUCAGGAGAACUUGUGGCUAUCAAACGAAUGAAAAGAAAGUUCUAUUCAUGGGAUGAAUGCAUGAAUUUGAGAGAAGUCAAGUCUCUGAAGAAGCUAAAUCAUGCCAAUGUAAUAAAACUGAAAGAAGUCAUACGAGAAAAUGACCACCUUUACUUUGUGUUUGAAUACAUGAAGGAAAAUCUCUAUCAGUUAAUGAAGGACAGAAACAAGUUGUUCCCUGAGUCAGUCAUCAGAAACGUGAUGUAUCAGAUAUUACAAGGGCUAGCUUUUAUCCACAAACACGGAUUUUUUCAUAGAGACAUGAAGCCUGAAAACCUUCUUUGUAUUGGUCCAGAACUUGUAAAAAUAGCUGAUUUUGGUUUGGCUAGAGAGCUAAGAUCUCAGCCACCAUAUACAGAUUAUGUUUCUACCAGGUGGUACCGUGCUCCUGAAGUUUUGCUGAGAUCGUCUAUUUAUAGCUCACCUAUUGAUAUGUGGGCAGUAGGCAGCAUCAUGGCUGAACUAUACACACUAAGACCUCUUUUCCCAGGCACAAGUGAAGUAGAUGAAAUCUUCAAAAUUUGCCAAGUAUUAGGGACUCCAAAGAAGAAUGACUGGCUGGAAGGAUAUCACCUUGCUUCUACUAUGAAUUUCCGUUUCCCACAGUGUGUCCCUAUAAGCCUAAAAACUCUUAUCCCAAAUGCAAGCAAUGAAGCCAUACAGCUUAUGACUGAUACGCUGAACUGGAAUCCAAAGAAGAGACCUACAGCAAGUCAGGCUCUGAAGUACCCUUACUUUCAAGUUGGCCAAAUGUUAGGACCUCCUCCACAACAUCUGGAGAAGCAGAUUCCUAUUAAGCCAGUGCAGCCAACAGAACCAAAGCCAACUUUACCCAAACUGGAAGCAGUAUCCAAGCCAGAACCUCUGUCUUCACCUGAUGUACCUGACCAAACGCAGCCACAGCCCCUCUCAAAGGUUAACCACCAGCCACUCCAGCAAAUUCAGUUACCUCAGAAUACAGCUAACCAGCAAGUACCAAAACAGCAGCAGCCACAGGCACAACCAUUUUUUCCGACUAUCAGUAAAAACUCAUCACCAAAACAAGCAGCUAGUGGCGCUCAGAAUGGCACAGGAGGUCCUAAAAGCUGCAGGAGGCGAUGGGGUCAGUCUUUGUUAAAGGCUAUGGAUAGCUGGGAUGACUUGGACAGUGCUGAAUUUGGAAUGUCAUGUUCAAAGAAACCUAGCAUUGCACUGUUAAAAGAAAAGAAAAACAAGGAAUGUCUUUUUAGCAUUCCAGAACCAAAUGCUUCAUGCUGCAUCCAGCCAGAAGGGGAAAAUAAGUUUUUGAGAAAUGAUUCUGGAAGAUCAAAUACAUCAGCAAAACAGUACUAUCUAAGACAAUCAAGAUAUCUACCUGGUGUAAACCCUAAGAGUGUCUCUUUAGUAGCAGUCAAUAAAGAAGGAUCUCAUGGAACCUGGAACAACCAGUCAUCUUCUAAACCACUGGCACAUUUUGGAGAAGGAAUGUCUUUCAACAGAAAUAAUACAGGAAAUCCUGACUUUGUAGGAGGUGCUGCUUACAACCCAUUAGGAGGAUACAUCCCUUCCUUUCAUAAAAAAGAAGUUGGAUCAGCUGGACAACGGAUACAGCUAGCUCCUCUUGGUUCAUCUGUAUCAGACUAUUCCUGGAAAAACAAAGCUGCUCGUGCGUUACCAGGUCCUACUUACAAUUCAGCAGCAAAAAACAUGAAUAUUUUAACUCGCGCACCAACAAUUCAGCCAGUACAUGGAAGAACAGACUGGGUGGCCAAAUAUGGAGGACACAGAUAGAAAAUGCAAUCCUGUGCAGGUAUCAUGUGAGCUGUGUUCAGUUUUCCUGCACUGGCAACCUGAAAUGCCUAUUUGCUCCAACUUUUCUUAAGACUAUUCAAUAGUAAAGAAGGAAAAAAAGACCUUGGGUUCUGUUACCUGUGGAAGAAAAAUAAUUUACAA